UCUCAUCUCACUUGUGUCAACCUGGAGGCCAGAUCUCUCUUGUAUUUUACUUCAGCCUGUCCUUUUAGCGCUUCUUUUCAUGGAUUUUCCUUCAGAACCCGUCUCUCGUUUUCCCAUCUUCUUGUCCGCGAUUGACGUCGCUAAUCACUGGCCAGAUUGUCCCCUCAUUUCAUAGUGACGACAAACAGGCAGCAGAUUACACUACUUUCGUCAUAACGUCGCAUCGUGGUCAUCGGGUAAAAGGGGUAGUUCGGGUCUUCUUUUGAGAAUUCUGCUGGUCUUCUCUGUCUACAUCAAAGGGCUUGCAAUAUGUCGCAAAGCAAAUGGAAAGUUGGUUCUUUUCUCCAGCAGGCUGUCGCCGGCGUGGAGUCGCGAUUGGACUUGAUAUUAGCAGAGGAGGAAGAGUCAAAGCAACCCCAGUCUAAGCCACCGGCAGGAAAAGCAAAACCAAGCGAUCCGUCUGAAAAUGCCUCGCGCAGUUCGUCUAAUGCGCGGAAAAAUGACCGUCUGCAGGAACGCCUAGCUCGAGCCAUGGUCAGAUCCAACACUCCCGGUAGCACUGCUUCUGUGUCUUCCCCAGUUACUAGCCCCGUUCCGAGCAAUGAUGCGCGUUCGAGCCUAGAUAUUGAGUCCAGUCUCGACUCCAUUACCAAAGACCCAAGCCAAUCCCAGGGCGCAUUGUCAGAUAUAGCGCCAAUGGCCCCGAGGAUGAGCUAUGACUCCGCCCGAUCACCGCGCAAUUCUGUAGAUGCUGACACGAGAACUUCGAUUGAGAGGAAUAUUACUAGUCCUGUGCCGGAACAUUGGCAAGACAUGGAGGAACCUGACCCAUUACCUGCGUCAAAGGAAGCUGCGCAAAUGACCACGGGAUCCCCCGUUGAGGUUAUCAGGUCAUCAUCUAAUGAUGAUGAUGACACGUCCGCACAACUAGAAGGCGAUAAUAACGGCCCCGAGUCGCAAUUACAAGAGGAAAUUCAUGGGUAUAUUGAGCGGAUCGAUGCUCUACAGUCAAAGUUGAAGUACUUGGCUCAAGAAGCUGCCGAGUCCGCCCGAAAUGCUGCUGCCACUGCCGAACCCGGGAGCAUAGACAGGCAGCUUCGAGAAAAAGAUCAAAAGAUCGCCCUUUUGCUCGAAGAAGGCCAAAAACUUUCCAAGGCAGAAAUGGACCAUAGGGCGGUGAUGAAGAAGCUUCGACAACAGUUAGUAGAAAACUCGAAGAUUCAGACAGAAGCGAAAAAGAAAGGUGAUAGGCUCGAGAGGGAUUUGGCUAAUGUUGAGGCGAGAGCUAAAAGAGCUGAGGCUGCGGAGAAGAGAGCAAACGUGUCCCUUUCUGCCCAGAUGAAGGUUUCAAGAGACUUGGAAGCCGUCACAGCUGAGCGAAAUGCACUGAGCCAAACGGUACAGGAGAUGAAAGGGCAACUGGCUCGAGCAGUCGCCCGUGCAGAUACCGCAGAGGCAAAGGCUCAGUCCGAUGCUUUAGAGCAGGGAAAGUACCGUGCAAACCAGUUGGAGGAGGAGCUAUCCAGCGCUAAGAUUGAGCGCGAGAUCAACGAGGAGAAGCUGAAAAGGGAAAUCAGUAGUCUGAGAGAGACGAUCGAACAGGAGAAAGAAAGAGCCAGAGUAUUAGAAGCGGAGCUGAAAGGCGAGCAGUCAGUCUUGGAGAGCAAGAUGGAGUCUCUCCGGUCGCGAGCCGAGGAAGCUUCUUCUGGAGUUGCUGGGGAUACGCAGGCCAAACUUCUGCGCCAGAUCGAAACUUUACAGACUCAGUAUGCGGUUGCUAGUGAAAAUUGGCAAACUCUAGAGGGAUCUCUACUUUCGCGUCUCGCGAAUGUAGAGAAGGAGCGAGAUGAGAUCGCACGUCGUGAGGGGGAAACUCGACGAAAAAUUCGUGAAUUGAAUCUCAAGGUGAAAAAAGUCGAGGAAGAACUUGAGAAUGCUCAAGAUACGGAGCGGGAUCUCUCGAACCAAGUGGAAGAACAGUCUCGGGAGGUGCAGAGACUGGAGCAGAAGCUCAGAAAAGCCACAGAUGACCUGGCAGCUGCGCAAAACGAACUCGUUGAACAAAAAGUGGCGAUUGAUGCGACAUGGGCUCAAAAACUUGAAGAGGAGCGAGCCAAAUGGCGCGAGCUGGCCCUCCUUCCUAUGAAUCCCCCCCGACGAACCGAAUCACCGGUUGCCUUCAACCGCCGACCAAGCAAUCUAGAGGUCGCUGUGUCGGUGUCUGACUACCGACCUACCAGCCGCCGUUCCUCUGUAAUGCCAGGUGCAUCACCUGAAAUCGGCACACCCCCAAGGCAGAACUCUCUCCCUGUUUCUACUGUUUCACAUGCAAUAUUGUCUCCUCUACUCCCUAGCAGUGGGCUUAUACAUGUUCCCGAAACACCCACUAUCAUGUUCGAGUCCGAUGAGUACUUCCCCCGCUCAGGAACCCCUUCCGCCUUUGGUGGUGCACCGACGCAGCAUUCUCGCACCAUUAACGAUAUCAUCUCCGAGUCUACUGCUGGGGCGGGGCCCUCUGUACAACUUGUGGAGCGUAUGAGUGCCACCGUGCGCAGGCUGGAGAGCGAGCGGGCUGCUUCCAAAGAUGAAUUAGCCCGAAUCACAGCUCAACGGGACGAGGCCCGACAACAGGUCGUCGAUUUGAUGCGGGAGGUUGAGGAAAAGAGAGUAUCCGAUACCCGAGUGGAAGAGCUCGAAGAGAAGCUCGCUGGGCUUGACCGGCGGUACGAGACUACACUGGAGAUGCUGGGCGAAAAGAGUGAGCAGGUGGAGGAGCUCCAAGCUGAUAUCGCGGAUCUUAAGAAAAUAUACCGCGAACUAGUGGAUAGUACCAUGAAGUGAGAAGCACUGUAUUGAAUGUUGAGCAUUAUCAUGUGUGAAUGUAUAUGUAUAUAAUAGCAUUUCCGGGAGUUUAGAGUUCAAUUGACAUGGUUUUUAUAUUCGAGACAGGCUUUUAGAAGCGAU